AUGGCGUGUAGUCACCAUCUUGGCGCUCAGUCAUUGGUCGAGUGUAAACAGCAUGGCUUGGUGGCGAGGUCACGUGACCGGUGGCGUGACUUCCAGUUGCGUGGUGUCACGCCCUCAUUGAAUGACGCACCGGGAGCUGAGAGCCAAUCUGCUCAUGAGUUUUCCGUCUCCACUCCAGCGCCGUGGAACGGACAUACGGGAGAACAGGAUGACCAGGGCAAGAAUAUAUAA